GGACCACUGCCGCCAUUUUGCUCUGCGGCGCUGGUAUUUAGAGCGCAGCAGCUGACGGGCUAGUUAGCCCUGUCUUUCGCUGCCGCCUACUUCUGCUAGCUUGCCUGCUUGCCCGCCUGCCUGCACGCUCUCCCUCCUCGUCCCGAAUUCGCAAGCCUCGCUUGACCCCGCCUCGUCUGCAGACAUGUCCGAGGCCAAAGCCAGCCCCGAAUAUGCUCCAUUUUUCGGCGUGAUAGGCGCCUCGUUCGCCAUGAUCUUUAGCGCCCUGGGUGCUGCCUAUGGCACAGCUAAGAGUGGCACCGGCAUCGCAGCCAUGUCCGUCAUGCGGCCCGAGCUGAUCAUGAAGUCCAUCAUUCCAGUGGUUAUGGCUGGUAUCAUCGCCAUCUACGGCCUGGUGGUGGCAGUCCUCAUCGCCAACUCUUUGAAUGAGGGCAUCACUCUGUACAGGAGUUUCCUCCAGCUGGGUGCAGGCCUGAGUGUGGGUCUCAGCGGCCUGGCAGCUGGAUUUGCAAUUGGCAUUGUGGGGGAUGCUGGUGUGCGGGGCACUGCCCAGCAGCCCCGACUUUUCGUGGGCAUGAUCCUGAUCCUCAUCUUCGCGGAGGUGCUUGGCCUCUACGGUCUCAUCGUGGCCCUCAUCCUCUCCACAAAGUAGCCUGUCAUGAGCCUACCACCCCCCAUUUCAGAAGGAACAGCCUGACACACACCCAUGGGCCACCGCCCUCUCCAUAGUUGGUCUUGUAAAUGCGCAGUGUCCUAGUGCCCAUCGUCUGUUGCCCCGCCUGCCCCUUCAGCCCUGUGCCGUGGACAUCUGGGCCCACUCAUCACCCAUCCAGGCCCCAGACCAGUGAGGAUGCCGGCGUCUGGCCCCCUCCCACUCAUCGUCCUAGAGUGCUUUGUGUAUAAGGAAGAAUUAGAGUUGUCAUUUUUCUCUUCACUGGAUGUUUAUUUAUAAAGAUUUGACCUGUUCCUACUUCUAUCUAUAUAGUAGCCUUUAGAGUGUUGCCUUGGGAUUCCCAGCGCUGAGGCGGAAGAUGGCCCCACCCUUCUGCCACCUUCGGACUCCCGAGUCUGGAGGCACAGUGUCAGCCCCGCCAGGCUCUGGAGCCAUGCUGUGCCCAAUAAAAGUUCUCGGAUGUGACCAGAA